UGGGAUGAGCCUCGCAGUGUUGGCAAAAGUGAGAUCCAAUCAGUUCAGGCCGCUGCUGUCUCAUUGCAUGAUUACACUGCAGUACAGAGACACGGGGCAGCUGACUGUUUCUUCUGUAGAGUUUAGAGGAAGUUUCCACUCCAGCGUCAAGUCUAGUGACUGCUGGUGAAUUAUUCCGCUACUACCUCCAUCUGAUUACUAAACAUGCCAGUAGCUACUCCCAUCAGUUUUUGGACAGAAGCUUCUCAGCAAGUCGUGGCUGGAGGAUCUGCAGGUCUGGUGGAAAUAUGUCUAAUGCACCCACUGGAUGUGGUAAAAACCCGUUUUCAGAUCCAAAGAAAUAAGUCUGAUCCAUCCAGUUACAAGAGUUUAGGAGACUGCUUCAAGAAGAUCUAUCGCUCUGAAAGGUUGCUUGGCUUCUACAAGGGAAUACUUCCUCCUAUUCUUGCAGAAACCCCAAAACGAGCAGUUAAGUUCUUCACCUUUGAGCAAUACAAAAAGCUGCUGAUGCCGUUGUCCCUGCCACCUGGAUGGGUGUUUACAAUCGCUGGUCUUGGAUCAGGAUUAACUGAAGCUCUAGUGGUGAAUCCUUUUGAGGUUGUAAAGGUUGGUCUACAAGCUAACCGUGAUGCAUAUGCCCAGCAACCGUCUACCUUUGCUCAGGCACGUCAUGUGAUCCGCACAGAGGGCAUAGGACUGAGAGGCCUUAACAAAGGACUAAGUGCCACUUUGGGUCGCCAUGGAGUUUUCAACAUGGUUUAUUUUGGAUUCUAUUUCAACGUAAAGAAUGCCUUUCCUGUUAACCAGGAUGCAAGACUGGAGUUCUUAAGGAAGUUUACAAUUGGUUUGGCCUCUGGGACGCUCGCAUCCAUCAUUAACAUUCCAUUUGAUGUGGCCAAGAGCCGGAUUCAGGGGCCACAGCCAGAACCUGGAGUGAUUAAGUAUCAGAGUUGUUGGAAGACCAUAUUCACAGUUUACCAGGAAGAAGGGUUCCUGGCUCUCUACAAAGGUCUUCUUCCUAAGAUCAUGCGGCUUGGACCUGGAGGAGCAGUGAUGCUGUUAGUGUAUGAAUACUCCUAUGCCUGGCUGCAGAAGCACUGGUGACUUACAUUGACGCAUCAAUUUUCCGUAUGCUAACGUCUGCAGAACAGCGUUCUCACUGGAUAAUGAUUUGGAUGCCACAGGAUCUAGAUAUAUUUUUAAUGAACUGCUUUAGUAUUUAAAUGCUGAUCAGGAUUACAACAGAUAUAGUUACGUGGGGAAAAAAAUAGAACAAUAGUUCUAUGGAUUGUAUCUCAAUAUUUUCAUAUACAUAUAUGCUUUAGAAGUAUACAAUGUUUAUAUUUUUUAUAUUUUUAGCCAGUUUGCAAAACGCUGGCCUUUCCAUCAUACUGAGUGUCGUACUAGUCCAGCACGGAGUCAAGAUUAGAGUUAAAUCAUUGGGUUAUUAUUAAUUAUCCUUACUGUUUUUGUGAUGUCAUUGCAUACUCUACUUUAAACGAAUGCAUAUUAAGCGCGGUUUUAAUACUAAUAGUAUUUUACUGAAUAAAACAGAUCUGAAAUAAA